CAGUAUCAAGGUCCUGUGUGUUGCCAGUAGCAAAAUAUUCAAACUCAGCUUCCCAGUCUCUUUUUCUAGGUGGUGGUUUACUGCCCAUUCACUGGUAUUGAGCAAACCUUCCCGUGUGGAAAAUGGCUGGAUGAAGAUGAAGGUGAUGGUCUCAUAGAACGGGAGCUUUAUGAAAUGGUCUCUCUGCGCCAGAGAAGACUGAAAAAAAACCCCUGGUCUCUGUGGAUCUGGACAAGUGAUAUUAAGAAUGCAGGGACGGAUGCCACCAUCUUCUUCCAGAUUUAUGGAGACAAGGGGAAGUCAGAUGAGAUGAAGCUGGACAACAAUUCAGACAACUUUGAAACUGGGCAGACUGACAAGUUCAUGAUCGAGCUCCCUGAUCUGGGCACAUUUUACAAGCUUCGGAUAUGGCAUGAGAAAAGAAAUCCCUUUGCUGGCUGGCAUCUGAAUAAGGUAACUCUGCUGAAAACGCUGACAAAAGAAAAAUACUCAUUCAGCUGCGGCCGCUGGCUAGAUAUAAAUGAAGACGACAAUGAGAUCGUGCGGGAGCUCCCUGCGGAGGGAUCUCUAGUGACUGAAGUCAUGCCAGUGAUAAAAUACCGGGUGACAGUUUGCACUGGGACGGUAAGUGGGAGUGGCACAGAUGCCAAUGUCUUUGUCUGCCUCAUUGGUGACCAGGGAGACACGGGAGAACGCGUUCUUUACAACUGCAUCAACACUGUCAAUAAAUUUGAAAAAGGCAACGUAAGUUCACAUAGCAGCUCCUUAAGGCAGGUUUUAAAGUGUGUGAUGGUUUGUAGAUACUUUUUUUUUUGAGAUACGUAUUUGUAAUCUUGGAUUAUUUCCUUGCCAGUUUGGGGUAGGGCAGUAGGGAGAAAUAAAUCAUGUCCACAGAGCAUCAUAACAGGUUGCAGCUGGGGGGAGUUUAGGGCAGGGACAGUGUGCCCUUGCUUGACAUCAGUAUGUUCAUAGAUGAGUCUCCUGGCUUGCUCCCCAGCUGAGUACUCACUGUUGAAAUUGCAUCUUCAGGUGGGGAAGGCUUUCAGAAAAUCUGUCCAUCUUCCAAGAACAAGAGAGAGACUUUCCCCCUCCAUCUAAUAUGGCAAAAAUGUGGCUCCUGGGGCAAAGGAAAAAAAAGUGUCUUAUUUAAUGUGAAAAUCUGAACCAAAAGCCCAACAUGUUUCCUUUGUAUUUCCUCCAGUCUCCUCUCAACCACGGUGCACUCAAAUUUUGUGUCUUAUUUUCAAUCUGUUUUUCAACAUGUUUUUGUAUGCCCAUGUCCUGAAUGGAGGGUGGUGGAAAUGGCCCAAACUGAAGGUAAUUUGUUACCUGGAAAGCUAGGGAUAAUGAAGAGGGCAAACUGUAGUUACAGCUCUUGCAGCAUUAACAAGCAAAUAGUGUGCUAUAGUUUGAUCUAUAAGGUCAACCUACUUAAUAUAUAUAUUCAAUUAUGAGGCACAUCUUGGAUCUCUAGGGUCCAACUUAGACUGGUAAAAUGUGAUCACUAUCUC